AUGGCAGCAAGAUUACCUGACGGCGUUCUGAACAUAAUUCUCAGUGAACUAGGUCAAAGAGAUAUAAAGGCAUGCUUUGGUGUAUGUAGAAAAUGGAACACGAUCUUUGUCCCUGAUACUUGGAAAUUCCUUAAAAUUACGGAAAAAGAUAAACUUCUCGCUCUCUGUAAAUUGCUCAUAACACCUACAGGAGAGGCAAAAGACUACGACUAUGUAAAAAGGAUCGAACUUCCACACCCCCUUGGCGUACUCGAAGCGGUCCUGCUUAUUCAACAAAAGUUCCCUCACAUAACGGAACUCGAUACUCAUUUCAAAAACUUGUUCAGACGAGAGCCGAUUGAAAAGGUUGCUUUUAGCCGCUGGGCGUCUUUAACAAAUCUGCGAUUCAGUGCCAUCUUUGAUUACGGUAGAGACUGUAUGGAUGCUUUCUUUAAAGGAUUGCUGGAUUUACCCCAGCUAGAGGUUCUGACAUAUGACGCCAAGCUGAGGAGUAUACCAGUCAAUUUUGAAGAUCUCGAUAUCAUACACACAAAUGCACCACAGCUAAAGAUCCUAAACAUCUAUAUCAUGAUCAUCCACUUAUCUGAGAGAGACAUCGAGCUUCUAGAAACACACGAUCGGAUGUAUCAGCUAGAAGAAGUCAAUAUACAGCUGCUUUCUGAUGAUUACCGAUCACUGGCUUACCUUGCAAGCAAGUACCCAACAAUGAAAAGCCUGGAUUGGGAAUAUAGGGAGAGAUCUGACUUGGAGCAAUAUUACCGUGAAGUACCCGAGCUGUUCUCCAUAAAAGAAGAUUACUUUGAAGAAGCCCAGUCAUUACUUUUGGGUAUGGAGGAAAAGCCAUUCCAACAACUGGAAGAAUUUGGCCUAACCUGCGACGAAUCUGAUUAUGCUCCCAGACUCCGGGUCUUAAAUCUUCUCAAUACGCUCGAUGUGCCGUAUACCAGUUUCCAUAUCGAGAAGAUUAAUAAACUGCAUUAUGUACCACCCAAUAAUGAACUGCUCGAAACUCUUGAUCAACUGCCGUCAACAAUCACAGGCAUAUCUCUGAACUGGAAGUCAUUAAAUAAUGACUAUAAACAAGCUUUACAACAGCUCGGCUUGUAUGAUUCCUUGUCGAGUUUAACUAUCGUUUCUAAGUUUCUCAAAGUUGAACUGGAUGUCCUGUUUAAUACCUGCAGAAACCUAAAGUCUUUGUCGCUCGAUUGUCGUAUCUGCAUUUCUGACGAUUACCUAGACACAGAUCCGAGCUUCCAACUCGAUUCAGUGGUCUUGGAUGGAGGUUCAUUUGAUUCGUCCGCGUUGGCUUACCUUGGGAGACAUUGCCUUGAUUGCAAAAAUUUCUCUUUCGAAAGAUCCACACUUCUUUACGAAAGCUUAGUUGACACUUCUUCUGUCCAGAUCGACAUGACUUGGGCAAAUAUCAAAAAUCUAAAGCUUUUCAACGCAGCGAUCCCUGAAGACGAAUGGACGGGACAUUAUUCAUCAAGCACAAUACGUCUUUUAUCUGUGACUCAAGCAUAUCCUUUAUCACAUAAAAUAAAUUAUGACAACGACAACGACAAUGAGCCUGAUAUCGAGUUAUCUACCAGCUCUGCUACCAAGACAGAGUGGUUCUUCCUUCCUAAAGAGUCACGCUAUGGAUCUACUGAAUAUAACAAGGAAUUGAGCAAGAGUCAAGGAAGAAGUAUCGAAGAAUACUUUUUAUCUGCUGAAGAGGAUCGCUACCUCGAUGCAAGCGCCUUCAUUAAUCUUUAUGAAAAGACAAAUUUGCCCAUGACAAGCUAUGUGAAACAACUCAGAAAAUCGGGUUGGGAAGAGGAAUGGAAGAAAAUUCUAGAAUAUGGAUAUAUAAAUCUAACGAUUGUCUUCUUUUUGCUUGCUUGCAAAGGUGAAGAUGAGGGUGAAGGUGAUUAUGAGAAUAAAUAUGAAGGUGGAUAUGCAGACAACAUAAUUUAA